AUGAAUCGAUUCAGAUUGAAGAACCUUCUAAAACGCCUGAAUCGCCAAAUACACGUCAAAACACUGAAAGUCCAUGCGGAAUCGCCUGAAUAUCUUCAGAAGAAUCUUCUAUCGAUUCUUUUCUGCUUGAAACCGAAGGAACUCGUUAAUAUUGAAGUUUUUGGAAAAGACGAUUUCGCACCUGAAAAAGUAUCGAGAGGAGUGAGGAAAAUCGCUAUGCUGGAACAAUGGAAGCUAGCGGAAAAACUCACUAUUCGAAGUUGUUUCCACUACUUGCCAUCCGAAUUGUACAUGCAUUUCAAGCAUUUUGUGAUUGUUACAAUUGAUUUCGGCCAGGAUUUCCUGAUAAAUCUCAGAGAUUUAUUCUCCACGUCUACCAACUUCGAGUCUUGCACCAUCGUAUCAUACCGUCUCGAAGACUACCCUGAAUACCUAGAAUCUUUCUGUGAAAAAGUGGAAUCAGGAGAAGAAGUCAUCUACCACUACAGGAUUUCUGACGAGCCGAACAAGGUUUUGGAGUUUAAAGUAGACUAUAACCAAGACGAAAUCGUUAUCGAGAAGAAGAAUUUUUGA